GGACAGAAAGAGACUGAGAAGAGGCAAGACCAGAAGGCAGAGAUACCCUUCCCCCUUUAGCUCGGACUGUAGGCUGUAUUUGUGGCCAGUUAAACUGUUAUUUGGUUAGUUGGUAAGCCAGGCCGUCACUUGGCAGGGAUGGGUGAUCCAGCGACUCUGGUCGAGUCCGUCACAUCUCCUAUUGUCACGGCAAUCCCCGCGGUGAUAGCUGAAGAAAUGCAAGAUGCUAAUAAAGCCCAAUCGGCCAAUAAGAAUGGCAAGAAGGCAGACGGUGGGUCCGGCAGCGGCAGCUUCUCCACGUGGUUCAUUGUCCUGGCCCUGCUGGGUGUCUGGACAUCUGUAGCCGUGGUUUACUUCGACCUGGUCGACUAUCAGGGAGUCGUUGACAAGGCUAAGGGCUUACAAAUUAACCUGUCUGAGGCCUUGCAAGGUAAACUGGUGGCAUACGAUAUAGACGGUGAUGGUGAUUUUGAUGUCGAGGAUGCUAAAGUUCUGCUAGGACUGAAAGAGAAGGCUGUCGUCGUCACUUCCCGUAAAGAAGAAGCCGCUGCCCCGGUGAAGACUCCUGACGCUGAACCUACACCAGAAGCUGUUUUUGAGCCGGAGCCUGUGCCUGUGGAAGAUGUGAUUAAAGCUGCUGUAGCAGAGGACACUUCUGCACCUCCGCCAGAGCCUGAACCUGAGGUAGCAGAUGAACCUGAGGCGGAACCAGAGCCCGAACCGGAGCCUGAACCUGAACCAGAGCCCGUGGAGACUCCCGAGGUGAUCGAGGAGGACCCAGAGGUGCUGGAGGAGGAGGAGCCUUCUGUUGUGGAAGACGAGGAGGCUGCCGACGAGACUGGGGAGGACAUUUUAGCAAAGGUGGGGGCUGCAUUGGAGGCCGCAAAUGAGGAAGUGGAGGAAAGGGAGGAGGCCGCUGCUGAAGAGGUGGCAUCAGAUGCUGAGACCGUAGAGGAAGAGGAAGCUGAUCCUACAGAAGAAGCUGUGGAGGAGUCCGCUGAAGAGGAGGCAGCUCCAACAGAAGAAUCUGUGGAGGAGGAUGCAGAAGAGGAGGAGGCAGCAACUUCAGAGGAAACUGUUGAGGAGUUACUGCAAGAAGAGGAAGCAACUCUUCCAGAAGACGCUGCGGAGGAGGCUGCUGAAGAAGAGGAGGCAGCUCCAUCAGAAGAGGCAGCGGAGGAGCCUGCAGAAGAGGAAGCAGCACCUUUAGAAGAAGCCGAGGAGGAGGCGGCUGAGGAGGAGGAGGAGGAGGAGGCAGCACCUUUAGAAGAAGCUGAGGAGGAGGCCACUGAAGAGGAGGAGCAAACGGUACCAGUAACAGAGACCAAAGAAGUAGCACACGAAGUAGAGGAUGCAGCAGAAGAAGCAGCAGAGUUUGAGACAGAGGAACAGAUUCAGGAUGAGCCCACAGAAACGUAAAGGCUGCCACAGUCGUCAUGGUGACGGAACAGGGACCCACCGACCUUGCAUCAGCACCAUCUGAGCGUGCUCAGAGUGAUGAUGCACCCCUCCACCUCCAGUGAAACAAUCCCCCCAUCUGCCCCCUCUGUUUUCCCACCUUCCUUUCAAUUUUUCUUUUGGUGUAAACGUGAGAUAAUGGAUAACUUGUUUACUAAUACGGUACUCCCUGUUUUUACCCUUUUUUUUUUCUUUCAAUCACCAUUCUUAGAGCACCCAUUUUCAUUUUUGUUUAGGGUGAUUCGGUUCUGUGUGACUGGCCAUGUGAAAGCUGUGUGUGUGUGUGUGUGUGUGUGUUCUACGUAGAGCCAGUCUACCGGAGUCUGUCAAGUUAAACCGGUCUUUUAUUUUGAAGUCUCUGUGAUAGUUGCUUCCUGGAGCUGAAUCCUGUUAAGUAAACUGAGACCAAAGUUGAGGAGUAGCUGAGCCAUCGUCGGACAGUUUGACAUAUGUCUGCGUCAGAGGACCCGGGUCUGAACACUGCAGACUUUCUCCACUCUGGGCCUUUCCCUCCUGAUUA